AAACUUGUAUAAAUAGAGCCACAUUUCCAACCAAAUAUGCAAGAGAAGCAAGCUUAAAUCUUCUGUGAGAUUAUAUUAUAUUAUAUACAUACAACCUAAAUUAAAAAUGGGUUUGGCAAGAAUGAUUAUGUUGGCAGUUGCUGCAGCUAGCAUGAUUUCCAUGGCAUCUGCCAUCGCUGGAACCGCCACUUACUACAGCCCCAUCGUCCCAUCAUCAUGCUACGGGUAUGAAGACAAAGGCACGAUGGUAGCAGCUGCAAAUCCUGCGCUCUUCAACAACCGUGCAGCCUGUGGGCAGAGAUACACAGUCCGGUGCACCGGAGCCACAAACCAAGGCGUGCCGCAGCCGUGCCGCAACGGCCCCAUCACCGUCACCAUCGUUGAUCUCUGCCCUGGUUGCGCCGCCAACCAGAUUGAUCUCUCCGAGCAAGCUUUCAACGCUAUUGCUGACCCUAACGCUGGAAGAAUCCUCAUCGACUAUAACCGUGUUUGAUCAGAGUUGAAGAAUGCUCAUUUCAAGUAUCCAAGAAUAAGAUCUGAUAUGUAUACAUCAUUUCCUUUCUAAAGUAACUAUAUAUAACUUCGUGUCUCUCUCUCUCAUUUUCAAUUCCUUGUUGAAUAUGGGGAUCGCCUUUGAAAGAUGAGGACAACAUGUACUGGUCUCUAUAUUUUAAAUAAAGAUUAUUAACUCUGUUUA